GCAUGCAAUUAACCGAUGGAAUGCCCCACCACAAGAUGCAGUAAUGGCCAUAACAACAACUUUGGGGGCUUCGUGCAAUCCAAAGCGAUUCUACAUGCCUACUAUUACAGAACCUCCACCUUCGGAGGCAGUGUACCUCUGGAUAACCAAAAAGAGAAAAAGGAAAAGGAAAAGGAAAAAAAGAACCAAGGGCUGACCAUCGUCUUUAUGCCCUGCACGAGGGCUUUCACAGAGGCCACUGGCUGGGCUCUGUGGAAGGCAGAAAGUGGCCUGAACGGACUCUACUACCGCCGUCUGAGUGCGCCCCCCUGGAAGGAAGCCCCACGGAAUUCCAUGGAGCUGACUCCCAGGAAAAGGAGGGGGAGCACAACCGGACUGCAUUGCCGCUGUAAUCUGAUCUGCUCGGCAAUGCAGGUCUGCUGUCUGCACUGGGGGCACCCGGUGACCCGCCCGACUCAACGCGUAGAGGAUUCCCGCCGCUGGAGGCUCCACUACCUGCGCUGGUUACCCGGUCCUGGAGCUCAGGAAACCGCAGGGGGCUUACCACGUGCGUGCACACGCGCGCGCCCUGGGUGUAGAGCGCCUUCGAGGACCCCCUACCCUCUCAGGAGCCGGGCUGCCCCCUCCCUAGCAGCCCCGACGACCAGGAUGGAUCAGUCCACGAUGCCCGAAGUCCGAGAGCUUGCUGACGCUUUGCCAGAUGUAUCAAUGGACCCGAUCACCGGUGUCGGCGUCGUUGCCUCCCGAAACCGGGCACCUACGAGCUACGAUGUAGUGGCACAAACAGCAGAUGGUUUGGACGCUGACCUCUGGAAGGACGGCCUGUUCAAAUCCAAGGUCACCCGGUAUUUGUGCUUCACGCGGAACUUCUCCAAAGAGAAUAGUCAUCUGGGCAACGUCUUAGUUGACAUGAAGCUCAUUGACAUCAAGGACACAUUGCCCGUGGGCUUCAUCCCCAUCCAAGAGACGAUGGAUACCCAAGACACGGCUUUCCGGAAGAAACGGCUCUGCAUCAAGUUCAUCCCGCGGGACUCCACGGAGGCCGCCAUCUGUGAUAUCCGGAUCCUGGGCAGGGGCAAGCAAGCCCCGCCACAGUAUACGUUCAUCGGGGAACUGAACAGCAUGGGGAUCUGGUACCGGAUGGGUAAAGUCCCGCGGAAUCACGACUCUUCUCAGCCCACCACGCCUUCUCCGCAAGCGCCAGCCACGACACCAGCCGCCAACCUCCCCAGGCACAUAUCCCUGACGCUUCCUGCCAGCUUUCGAGGGAAAGGGCACGGCACUCGUCCGGACUUUGAAUACCAGCACUCCAAUUUAUACGCCAUAUCAGCAAUGGAAGGCGUGCCUUUUAUGAUCUCCGAGAAGUUUGCCUGCGCUUCGGAAGGGAUGCAGCCCGUCGAUCUCUUGGGCAUCACGAUCAAAUCCUUGGCAGAAAUCGAAAAGGAGUAUGAUUACAGCUUCAGGACUGAGCAGAGUGCCGCGGCCAGACUCCCCCCGAGCCCCACUAGAUGUCAGCAGCUGCCACAGUCCUGAGAUCUCUCCGUUCCUCGGAGCUGAAGCACACGUACUACUGAAAGAGGGUAGCCACUUGCCUGCCCUACGAACAAUCUUCUCCUCUUUGCCCCUCCUUCCUGACCAGCCGUGUUCCUGGAACCCUUUCCAGCCAAAGGGGACAGACCCCGCCCACCACAGUGAUUUGCCAUUCUUUGUACAAUAUAUCCAGAUGUGGUUUCUUCUUCUUUUUCUUCUUCUUCUUCAUUUUUUUGAGACUUUUGGGCAUUUUGAUUGGACCUUCUCAGCAACUGUCCAGACUCUUCAACUCCCUUUGGGAUCACUCUGCACCAUGACUAACGGAGAUGGCUGCAUUCUCCCAUCUCUUCUUCUUUUCCUGUCGAAUAACCAGUUCUACCGAACGGUUUCUAAUACCCAGCCGAGACAUUUGGCGGGGGGGGGGUGGGAUCAAAUUGCACACCAUCUAAGAAGCAGGCUUCUGAUCCCUGGCUUCUUUGGGAAAUAAAAUCACGAGCUCGUCUAGCCUAGAAGACGCAAGAAAAUCCGUCUCCAGAAUGGUGGCAUAUCUUCUGUCCUUGAACUUGGAUCUAUAUCUCCGUACUGUUUGGAGAGUCUUCCUCUCUCUUGUACAGAGAUGAUAAUCCCUUUCGUCCAUUCAGUUGGCCCGCGUUCUUCCAUCACCUGUGGUCAUUUUAUCCAAUGCCCACUGAUCAAGGAGGGGAAGAAUGAUCAUUUGCCUUCUCUGUGAUCAAAAUAACACCGCCGAUCAUUGGGGGUUGGAAUAAGCCCGAGGAUUGGGUUGCAACACCAGGAAUUGCACUCACUCUGAACCAUGUCCGAGAGGUCUCCUGUCCGGACGCCGCUGAUCUGAUUCGAAGAUCAUCCCAUUACAGACUCCGUUUCCAAGAUCUCCUCCCCACUUAGGCACCUUCUGUUUGAACAGAGGGGGAACCAGUUUGGACAUUUGCCUGGAAGCACAGCUGUCGUUCCAUGGUGCCCUCUCAGAACUUCACAGCAAGCCUAAAAAAAAUUUUUUUUAAUGUCCUGGUGUCCUCCUCCUGCCCCAAAAUACUUGAACGCAGCAACUAAGCCACCAGUAGAGUGUGCCGCCAUUUGAGUUGGCUCGUAGGUCUUUGUUCCCCAUGGGCCACUGAAAAUGAGUGUUACCACCAUGUGUGCCUCAAGAACCCUUCCCAGAAGGAACCAGGACCUGGUCUCCUCCUGCCAGUCAAAGGGCAAAUCCAGCUUCACACUGCAGCAUGCUCACGGUGGCUGUCUCCCACUCUCUCCCUUCUGAGCCCCAAAUGCUUGUCCUGAGGAUGAAAUGUCUGCCUGAACUUAAGUUAUUUUAGAAAGCCCGUCUCACCUUUUGGAGCUGUUUCACAACCCCAGAACCAAUACUGUUGUGGCAGCCUAGAUGGAUGGGCUUUUGCUCUCUCUGUGGGACAAUUUUAAAAGCUGCAGGGUUCAAAUGUGGCAUGUUUAAAUACAGACUGUCGCACUGUAUUACAAUGUGAUCGCCACGGCAGGUGGCUUGACGAUCGUGCUUCUCUUCCUUCUACAUUUUUCUCUAAAAGUUUUCACGCGGGAAUGGGCGCCAUUUUGUACUGUCUUUAAUGUGGUGCCUUUUUUAAAUCCCCAGAUUAUAGUUGUGUUCUGUAGCAAAAUUUCCCAGUGUUAGGUCCCCAGAUUUGGUUGGCCUACAAUGCUCAUCAUAGCCAAAGGCCAUUAGGGUGGGGGAUGAUGGGAGUUGUAUUCCAACCACAUCUGGGAACCCAAGAGUGGGAAACCUAUAGGGAAGGAAAGUUAGUUUUCUGGGAGGGUUAUGUUGAUGUUGUGGCUAUCUUUGUGGUAUCAGAAAAAGGGUAGAUCUUCAUCUAUGGAGCAUCCAACCCCUACAGUCAUGUGGACUGACUCAAGUGAGGGUGGUUCUCCAACUGUCUACCUGGAUCUUCUGUGAAGUCUACAUAAUUGGUUGUGUAGAGAAUCUCCUUGACUCAUCCCAGAUUUUCUAGUCCCAGAUUCCAUCCUGCCCUGGUGCAUUGGUCUUUGCUGCUAUAUUUUUUAUUAUUAUUAUUAUUAUUACUGUCUUAUGGAAGGUGUUAACUGACAAUUGUGUGGUCAUCAGCAACUGGAGAUGAAAAACUGAAGUGGCCUUCAUUGCAUCAUUCAAAACUGGUAGGUUGCGAGUUGUUGGGCGAGGUUAUUUGUCCCAGAUUUCUAACAACUCAAGUUUGUGGGGGGUUUUUUAAAUGAGGUUGGGAAAGAAAGCGUGCAGUUCCUGUGGCCCAUCAAGUUCUCAUGGCUGGAUUUUCAGCAUAUCCUCCCUUGGUUGCCCCCCAGACUUGUGUUUGAGUUCCUUCCUCAUUGCACAUAUUCUGGCCAGAAGGCUACCUGCUCAUCAUUCACAUUGGUCUGUACCAACUGUAUUAACUCACUGUAUUCACUGUAUUAUUGAGCCUAAUAGGCAAUUGCUCCCGAUCAACGUGCCCUGAAGGCUCAGAUCCCUUGACAGCGGCCAAAUUCCGAUGGCCCUCCAGUUCAGAGGGUGAUCUGAAUUCAACAGGUAUCUCUUGUUCCUUAAACUAGAGCUGGCCCCACAUGCCCUUUGUUCUGAAGGACACACCUUCCCUUUCCCAGAACGUCUUGGCUGGUUUGCUCUCUGCUUACCUGCCAGUGUGUGGUAGCCUGUCUUCCAAAUUGUUUUAAAAACAAAAUGAAUUUGGUGGAGAAGCUGAAGAUAAAUCCACAUGGGCCUGACCAUGUCUUUAAUCUGGAUUAGGUUUCAUUUUCCGAGGCAGGGACUCUAUUACCAUGGUUUUUCUUUGCCUCUGAUCUCUUAUUCUUCAAAUUCUUCAAAUUCUCUCCUGAAGGAGCUCCUGUCUUCUCCUGAGAGGACUGAAGUUUGUUUCUGGACUGGUUGCCUGUGUCAGCAUCCAUUCAUCUUCCCCAGAAGCCUUUGUGGGGGGUUUUAGCUAUUCCUGCCCAUUGGGGUUUUGCCCCAUAUUAAAGCAUCUUCUCUCUAUGAAGGCACUUUUACAGAAUCCCUCAAAGCUCUCCUGAAAAACUGGAUUGAAGAUGAAUUUAGAGAGGUGAUCUUUCUUAGGCUUAACUUUGCUCUUUUCAGUUCUGUGCUUGGGGUGCAGUCACCUUCCUGGCACGCAAUGAGGUCAUUCACACAAUCAAAAACUGUGUUCUACCCGGGUUUGGGAGCUGUGUGUGCUCCCAGUUGUUUGGAAGCAAAGUAAAAGGAAAACCUGGUAGAGGUGAUUGUGUGGAAGCAAGGUAGGAGAAAAAGCUAACCAGGUUAUCUUCCUAUUUUGCUUUCACACAAUCACUUCUACCCAGGUUUUCCUCCUACUUUGGUUCCACACAGCCAAAAAUUGGACGUACACACAGCUCCCAAACCUGGCCUGAACACAGUUUUUGACUGUGUGGAUGACCUUGAUGUAUUCUAUUGAGUUGGCAUCAGUGGUUAGUAUCUCAUGACCGCUCUUCUUCCCUUCUGGGAUUGUGAUGAGACCCAUGAUGUGGGCCCAUAAUGAGACCCAUGGGAUUUUGGAAUCCCCCUGAAGAUGAAAAAUGGGGCUGUCCAUGUGGUGGUGGUUGGGUGCCCUCCAUGUCUUGAACCCAUUCAUUAGAGCAAAUUUCCAUAUGGAUCCUACUGUAGGGUGACUGGGGAAGUGAUCAAAAGACAGAAGAAUUGCAGCCGUGAGACACUCACCCCACAAGCCUCCACAAACAGUGGGUUGAAAAGCCCUUCUGUGAGCACCCCUGUGGUUUUGGCCCAGUUCCUACAUUACUGCAUUGAAGCAACUUCCACACUGUGGAAGUAGUAUCAGCCUGAGGCCUACUUGCACAGACAGCAGAUGGAGAGGCCGGCCUGUUUCAGGACUAUACCACUUCCAAGCACCUUUUCUUGCAAACCUGGAAACGUCUCCACACUGGGGCCGGCCAAAAUAUAAUUUGCCCUCUAGUCAGGCUGGUCCUGCAAUGAAAAUAUAAAGGAAGCUCUCCAACCCUUGUAGAGGUAAUCUGGGACCUAUGGAGGUCAAGUGUCCAGUCCGUUCCAUACUGGUGCACAGGUUGAUCUGUCUCCCCCUAAUGGUGGUUACUGGAACAGCAGCAAGCAUUUGGAAGGGCAGAGCCUCUUUAAGCAUGAUGAAUAUCUUCCACCAAUGGCACAAUGGGAAAGGGAAAGGUAUGCACCCCAUGUGUCCAAUAUCAUAUGACAUGUUUUGCAUAUGUCCACUUUUCUGUGCAUACACAUGAUGGCAAUCUUUGGCCAAUUGUGCAAUUCAAUGGUUGAGUGUUGCUGUGUGCUGUCCCAACGCUUACCAUUAGGGGGAGACAAAGUAUUUAUGCAGUUAAGUUUACUUUAAAACAGCAGCUGUGGUUGCCUUGGUCAUUCUGGUGCCUAGAGAACAUGAUCAAACUGUGUGAAUCAGGCUGGAUGUCAAUGCAGCUUUUCCUGCCAUUGUAGCAGCCAGAAAAAGUCUAAGCCAAAAUUCUGGAAACAGCUACCGCCUUCUCCAUAUUUCAUAUGUGAAUUCUGCACCCCAGGCAAUGGUGAGGUCACAGCUGCCCACGUCUGAAGAACUUUGCCGGUGUGAACUGGUUCAAAGCCAGUCAAAUGGGUGGAGUCGGUGUGUUUCUAUGUCCAAGUGGCUUUUAAACCCAUGAAGUAAAGGCAACGAUUUGAGAGAGGCAGAGAAAUGGCCUUCCACUUAAGAUCAAGCUUGAUACUGUGGUUUUUCUCUUAAAAUGUGUGGGGUGGGGUUAUACCAGACGUGAAGACACAGACAACUUCUGGAUAGUGUAAUGUGAAACUCAUUGGUAAAAGCAGCCGUUUAGAGACGUCAGAUCAUACGGGCGAUUUCGCCCCCCUUCUAAUGCUGUUAUAUGCAGUUGGGAAUCUUUGGCUGUGUUUGUGUGUCUGUGGUCAUAUGUAUUUCUUUUUCAGAAUGUUAUGCAUUUGAUUUGCGUCGGGACAUGGAACGUGGAUUAAUGUGUUCAUUAAACUUAUUAAUAAUGUUAUCCUUCCAUAUUUAUUUUAGAUGGCCUUCCUUGUCUUUUGCAAAGGGAAGUUUGGUGUGAGAAUUUAGUCUGUAUUCUUAAUAUAAUUUGUUUAAAUAAAAAUUGGUUCUAA